AUGGAUUCUACGAAUCCAUAUAGUCAAAACGCCAACUUUGUUGAUCUGUUGAACAGUCAACAAGAUGGUUUCCCUCCUCAAACCUUUUCCCGUGAGAGUUGUUCACAACUCCCUAUUUUUAGUACUCAAUGUACUGAACCUUCAAGUUUGGGUGAAGACACACCAUCAGAGAGAAAAGAAAUAAAUAAAUGGAGUCUCACCGAGGAUGUUGUGCUUAUUAGCGCAUGGUUGAACACCAGCAAUGACCCUGUUGUAGGCAAUGAACAAAAAGAUGCUGCUUUCUGGAAGCGUAUAGCUGAUUACUUUGCAGCUAGUCCAAAAGUUCAAGGCAGUGAAAAGCGAUGGUUUAACCAGUUUAAACUAGCACACGAGAUCUUCUUCAAUGAUCACAAGAUCAAAUUUAAUCUUCGACAUGUGUGGGACGAGCUAAGGUAUGACCAGAAAUGGUGUGAAGCAUCUAGCAGUAAGAUUGAUGGAUGCUGUAAGAAGAGAAAGUGUGACGAUGGUGCUCAGUCCUCAAGCUCUUACGCAACUACCAAUGAUGCUGAGCAACGUCAUCCUGGUGUCAAGGCCUCGAAACGAGGAAGUGGUAAGAGAAUCGGUGAAGCCCUCAAGGGUGUCUCUGAGUUUCAGAAUUUGUGGGCAAUUAAGGAGAAAGAUUUGGAAGGGAAAGAGAGACUGUCCAAGAUGGGGCUGCUUGAGACUCUCAUUGCCAAAAAAGAGACAUUAUCUGACUUUGAAUAA